AUGCUCAACCCACCCUCAACGACGACUCUGCUCCUAUCCGCAGAGGCAAUCCACAUCUUAGGAACAGCUUCCCGGCCCUCCCCAUACCGGCGCCUCUUUUUCCUCCCCAUCCUCAUCCUAUGCAUCUGGCCAGUCUUCCUACCCAUCUCCGACGCCCAAAAACCAGACCCAGGCCACGUCGCCUGCCUCAUGUUCCUCCUCUUCGGCGCCUCCGACAAAAUCCUCCUCACAAACGUCCAAAACGAGCUGUAUCUUCGCUCUGACAAGGCGCUGACAGACGCGGGGAAAGUAAAGCAUGUCUCACAGAGGUCAUUUUGGAGCAGACUAAAAUGGGCUCUGCAACUCCGCGUCGCGUUGAGGGGUAUCGGGUGGUCGUUUGAGCCUCCACCCGGCCACCUCCCACCGCCGCCCCCUCCGCGUCGGCGGUGGACGUUCAUCCUCUACCAGCUCGUUCAGUUCAUUUAUCAUGCCCUAUUCGUCGACCUAUGUUUUUCUAUCAUCAGGCUCGUACCGUAUUUCGAAGAUUGGAGCAGCCUGAUCGGGCGUGGCUUCCCAGCUCGAAUGGUGGCAUGCUGGCUGUUCAUUACAGCAAGUUACCACAUCCUGUGGUUGCCGUAUCUCCUCACCAGCGCAGCCGGUGUUCCAGUGGGAUGGGGCGAGCCACACGAGUGGCCGCAGAUGCUGGGUAAUCCUCUGGACGCGUACACCGUCCGUCGAGCUUGGGGGAGGGUAUGGCAUCAGGCCCUUCGAAGGACACUAACAUCUCACGCCGAUUUCUUAGCCUUCAAAAUCCUCCGUCUCCCCCAAAAGGGGGUGGUAUCACGGUACACCCGCCUCUUCGGCGCCUUCUUCUGCUCCGGGCUCCUGCACUACCUCAUCGACUGCGUUGCGACUGGCCGUCGCGACAGUCUCGCUAUCCGUACAUUCGUCCUCCAAGCUUGCGCGAUAACGUUUGAGGAUGCUGUGGUGGAGGUGGCGAAGAGGUGUGGGAGGCCGAUUAAGCCGAAUUGGUUUACGAGGGGGGUGGGGAUCGUGUGGGUUUUAGCAUGGUUUGCGUGGUCGUUGGCGCCGUGGUUGUUCAAUAUGGACGCAGCGGCGAUUGUAGCGGCUUAUCCGCCAUUAGGGUUAGGGACGAGGGCUGUGGAGUUUGUGAUGUCGAAGUUGUAG